AAUGACGAUGGUGAACAAAAGAAAUUUGUUGUUCCUUUAACGGAUAAAGCAAAAAUAGAUUUUUGCAUUGGCAUUUGCUCGGCUUUGAGAUACUUGGAUGAUGAGAAAUGCUGGCAACAUCGUGACUUAAAACCAGACAACGUUCUAGUCACUGUUAAGGGAGAGAUACGACUUGCAGACUUCGGAGUUUCAAAACGAUUAUCCGCCGAACGUCUAGAACGCAUUCGAUACAGCAAGUAAUGUCAAUGGCGUCAACUGAAGCUGAUUGGUCAAACAUAAAUUCGAACGAGGAAGACCGUCUGAUUAAAUCUCCGUGUCAAAAACCGAAACAACACACAUGUAUGAACUAUCACUGGUACACAGCACCAGAGAUUAUUCAAAAAACGUCUAGUCGUUGGUCUGAUUUCUACAGUUUUGCGGUUCUCUGUUGGGAAAUUGUGGUUCGUAAGAGUCCAGAACGUAACUUUACAGAAGACGUGAACUGGGGUUUUGUCGGUGAUAUCAAGGAUAAAGUUUGUCGCACAAAUGACCCUGCAAGGCCCAAAUUGGAGCUGAUAAAUAAGCACAAUUGCAACUUUGGCUUGGACCAUCGCUUGUGCGAAGAGAUGAAAGAAAUAAUUACUGGUUGUUGGUCUACAAGGCCGUCUAAUCUUCGCUGUAACUGGAAAAGAAUUGGCGAGCAACUGGAAAGUCUUUCAAAAAUCUGUAACGAAUCUCAAUAUGAAAGAAAUCUUUUCAAAGCACAGUUAGAAGUACUGCGAGAUAUAUUAAACGAAGAAAGAAAACAGAAACAAGCAUCGAUCCAAGACAAUGAGACGUAUCCCACAUAGAGAUACUUAACAUGCAGCGGUUGAUUGCUAUUUACGUGGUGAUCAACGGGUAUAUUACAGUAGAUAAACUCGAAUUGCAAUCCACUUGUCUGCAAAACGCAUAGAUAGCCAUAGCAAAUAGUUAGACUCCUGUAUAUACUUAGUUAUUUUGCUCAUUAAUAAAUUGAUUAAUGUAUUAAUAUUUUC